GUCUCGCACACCGGAGCGCUGGCGGCUCCCACUGACCCUACCGUCAUACGCCUCCAGAGCCUGGUCAUUGCCGUCACCGCAAUCCUGUCAAUCCUCGGGGCAGCAUGGAUCAUUGCCAGCUUCUCGACGUUCCCCGCCCUUCGGAGUUUCCGACAUUCACUCAUUCUCGGCCUGGCUAUUAGUGAUUGCGUAAUGGCAAUCAACUUCCUCGUGUCGUCGUCGAUGAACGUGAACAGGCGCUGGAUUGGCGUGCCCGAGCAAGCUCGAUUCUGCAGCUUCAACGGUUUCAUGACGCAGGUCUUUGUUAUCCAAACUGACGACUAUUGGGCCUUAACCAUCGUCAUCGGCACAUAUUUCAUCCUCGCCGACCACAGGCGCUGCUCGGCAUGGACACAGGGACAUCCGGCGGUCCUCUGGACAUUGCCGUGGCUGCUUUCAAUAACUUGGGCAGCCGUUGGGAUCGGCAUUGCCGGCUAUGGCGACAUCGGAGCCUGGUGUUGGUUCGCGUCGGACCGGACUCGACUCCUGGUCAACUUCGUGCCCCGUUGGGUAAUCAUCGCUGCCAUGUUCCUGAUGUAUGCCAGGCUGUAUUUCGUUCUCUUCCACGCCUAUCGGCAUAUCCUGUCGCUC